GGGGGGGGGGGGGGAGGGAGGGGUGCAGAUCAGUAAAAAGCCCGAGUCUCUUGGGGAGACCCUGCCCCAUUCCUCACACCCCACAAUGUGUGCUGGUGGCUCUGAGCAAGUGUUGGUUGCAGGCACCCCAGGCUCGUGCAGGUAUGCGGGGGGCUGGAGCCAGGGGGCAGUGUGGGACCAUAUAAAAACAAAGGCAUUCUGGCUUUGAUGAACAAAAGACCUUGGGAUGGGUAAAGAAGCUCAGCAGCUACAUGCACUAGAUGUAGACACUGGGCAGCAUGGCCUGAGGCCAUGGGGUGUAUGGUGGAAGCCUGGCAACAUAGGGCCAUGGAGGCUAUGAAACUUGGAACCGCAGUGCUGGGGCUGUAGCUUGUAUGGGGCUGUGAGGCUGGAGCUGUAGGGUUGGGCCUGUGGGUCUCUAUGGGGCUUGGAGCUGCAGAGCCGUGGGUCGCUGCUCCGUGAUGCCGGCGCUGCGAAGCACUGUAGGUGCGGGGCCCUCCGGCCGCCAGGGGGCGCUGUCCCGUCGGAGUCUCCACGCCGUCCCCGCGCGGCCAUGGCGGACGGGCCGGCCCUGAAGCGGCGGCGGGAGGAGGCCGAGGCGGCCCCGGGCUCCGCCGCCCCGUUCCCGCUGGGCUCCGUGCGGCUGCGGCGGCUGCUGCGGGAUUCGGCGCGUGAGAAGACGGCCUUCGUGCACGGCCAGGUGGCCGGGCCCUCGGGGGAGGAGACAGACGCCGUGCUGAUCCUGGAGAAGACCCCUUUCCAGGAGGAGAAGAUCGAGGAGCUGCUGAGGACGCACACCAAGCUGGAGCUGCAGAUGUGCAACGACAUUUACAGCACGUACCGCCUCUACCCGCCCCCCGAGCUGAGCGAGAUAAAAGCCACAGUGGUGUACCCUGCCACAGAGAAACACCUUCAGAAGUAUCUCCGUCAGGAAGUGCACCUCAUCCGUGAAACCUGGGAGGACUACAAGAACAUAACGCUGCCCUUCAUCCAGUCCCAGAGCUUCAGCAUCCAGUGGGUGUAUAAUAUCCUGGAGAAGAAAGCUGAGGCUGAUCGAAUCAUCCAUGAAAACCCAGACCCUUGCAACGGCUUUGUUCUAGUUCCAGAUUUUAAGUGGAAUCAAAACCAGCUCGAAGACCUCUACCUGAUAGCCCUCAUUCACCGCCGCGAUGUGAAGUCUCUCCGGGACCUCACAGCGGAGCACCUGCCUUUGCUGAGGAACGUCCUGCAGGAAGGCAAGGAAGCCGUAGCAAAACGCUUUGGUGUGCCCGGAUCCCAGCUCCGCAUCUACCUGCACUACCAGCCCUCCUACUACCACCUGCACGUGCAUUUCACUGCUCUGGGCUACGAUGCCCCGGGCAGCUCCGCCGAGAGAGCCCAUCUGCUGGAGGACGUCAUUGACAACCUGCUCCUGGACGCUGCCUACUACCAGAAGCGGGCCCUGACCUUCGCCCUGCGGGCUGACGAACCUCUGCUUAAGAGAUUCCAGGAGGCAGGAAGAGUGUGAGCUGGCAGAGCCAGACGUGGAGAUGCUUUUUUAUCUUUUCAUCCCAAAAAAUCUGUGUUUUUUGGUGUGUUUUUUUUUUAAGAGUUUUGUCGCUUUUUGUUGUUUUUUUUUAUACUCGGGUUUUGUACGAAAUUGGGGCUGACACAGCCCAUUGCUAUGGAAACUGUUCCUUCUGCUUAAGUCAAUUAAAACCUUGAUUGGGUAA